CUCCAUCAUCACCACUGCAGCUUCAGCGUUCUUUUGCAGCCAUUAGUGCCACUACAAAUACCAGGAACAUCAUCACCACCACUAUCACCAUGGCACCAUCGCGAUAUCAGUCCGAUAAUGUCGACGCCUCGCCUCUAGGAAGGCCGUUGAAGUUCGAAUUCAGCGGCAGGACUGCGCCCAACCGUUUCCUGAAAGGCGCAAUGACCGAGAGAAUUUCAUCUUGGGAUCCCCAGAAUCUUGAAGCACGAGGAAUCCCCAGCAAGAAUUUGGUCAAUGUCUACAAGAGAUGGGGCGAAGGCUCAUUGGGUGUGAUUCUCUCGGGCAAUAUCAUGUUCGAGUAUGACCAUCUUGAGGCCAGAGGUAACCCCAUUAUACCCAGAGGAGCUCCUUACGAGGGUGAGCGCUUCGAGCGCUUCACUGAAAUGGCCACUGAAGGAAAGAAACACGGCUGCUUGAUGGUGGGCCAAAUCUCCCAUCCCGGUCGACAAGUAUCCGAGGACAUUCAGCCACAUCCCAUCUCUGCAUCCACCGUGCAGUUGGAAGGUGAUGUCAUGGGCAUGAAGUUCGGCAAACCACGAGCUGCCACCGACGAGGACAUCAAGAACAUCAUCGAAGGCUUCAGUCACCAAGCUGAAUACUUGGAAAAGGCAGGCUGGGAUGGCAUCGAGUUACACGGUGCACACGGCUACCUCUUGGCACAAUUCCUUUCCCAAACGACGAACCAAAGGACUGACAAGUACGGCGGUUCAUUGACGAACCGCGCUCGCCUCAUUCUCGAAAUCGCCCAGGAGAUUCGGAAGCGCACAUCACCUUCCUUCAUCGUCGGCAUCAAGCUAAACUCGGUCGAGUUUCAAGAAAAAGGCUUCUCUCCCGAAGAGGCCAAGGAGAUUUCCACAUUGCUCGAGCAGAACAAGUUCGACUUCAUCGAACUCUCCGGCGGCACGUACGAGAAACUCGCCUUUGCGCAUCAACGCGAGAGCACCAAGAAGCGAGAAAGCUUCUUCCUCGAAUUUGCCGAGCAAAUCGUCCCCUCGCUGACCAAAACCAAAACCUACGUCACCGGGGGCUUCAAAACCGUCUCAGGCAUGGUCAGCGCCCUCGACGUCGUCGAUGGUGUCGGCCUCGCCCGCCCCGUCUGUCAAGAACCUCUUCUCGCCCGAGAUAUUCUGUCCGGCAAAGUCACAGGCGCCAUUGAGCAAAAAGUCGAUCAGGACAACUUCGGCAUCACCAACGUGGCGGCGGGGACGCAAAUUCGCCAGAUUGGAAAAGAUCAGCAGCCGAUUGAUCUGUCCGAGGAGAAGAAUGUCGAAGCGUUCAUGAAGGAUAUGAGUGCGUGGGCGCAAGGGCUGGCGCAGGAUGUGGACAAGGCCAAGUAUGGAUAUAUUGAUAUUUCUUCCGUGGCGGCGGUGCCUUAUGCGGGAGCUUAGAAUGAGAGACUUGGGGCAAAAAUAAAUCAAUAGAAAAAGAUUUCUGGUCUCUGUCGAGUGAACUCUACAUACCUAUAUCCUUUUUCUUUUCCAAAAAUAAGUAAAAAAUAAAAUAAAACAAAAC